ACAAGGAGAGAGACAAGACAGAAAGCAACGCUCCACUGCUUCCAUCCCACCACCACCCUCCCCCUCCUCCUCCCUCCUCCAACAUUAUCUCUCUUUCUCUCUCUGUGAAGCUGCGAAAGAGCGGAACUUUGGCCGCCCAUCUCUGCAUUCUUGAAGCUGCCUACAGUUUAAAUGGCUCUCCUCCUGUUCGCGGUUCUCAUGUUUGCCUUCACUGGCCGCUCCUGUGCCACUUGGUGUGUGUGCAAGGACGGGCUGGGCGACGCGGCGCUGCAGAAGACGCUGGACUACGCCUGUGGAGCCGGAGCCGACUGUGCGCCGGUAAAGCAGACCGGGGCGUGUUACUCGCCCAACACGGUGAGGGCUCACUGUUCCUACGCUGUCAACAGCUUCUUCCAGAAGAAGGGCCAGGCUCAGGGCACCUGCGACUUCGCCGGCAGCGCCUCUAUCUCCACCUCGGACCCCAGUGCUAAUGGUUGUGUUUACCCUUCUAGUGCCAGCACGAGUGGCACAUCCACGACUCCUGUCACGACCACUCCGUCCACCACCACUCCAUCCACCACCACUCCGUCCACCACCACUCCCACGACGGGGACUGGGACCACCCCAACGACCACAGCCACUCCCUACACGGCGACCCCGACGGGAGUCCUAGGAGGAGGGGGCACGGGCAUGAGCCCGACGGGCAUCAACACCGACGUCAGCAACGCCGGGCUCAGGAGGCUCUCCAGCAGCUGCUGGCUCUGUUUCUUCGCCGCCCUUGUGGCCUCUUCCGGGCUCAUGCCACUGUGGAGCUGAAUCAAAAGAUCAAAAAGGGGUUUGAAACUGUGGAGCCUGUGAAGAUCAAAAGGUGGGGUAGGAGGGGGUGGGAUUUGGGUCAGAAACGAGUGAGACUCCACAUGGUUUGUGCAUAUGUGGGUAUGACUAUGCAGUGCAUGUGACUACUCUGUUUUCUUUUUUACUUUUUUGUAGGAUUCCAUGUUUAAGGACAAAAGCCUUUGCCGGACUUCUUUUCUUUCUUCUGGGUUUCCUGUCCUUCCUUUCCUAUCUUACUCGGGGGGAAAAUGGGAAAAAGCCAAAGAAGGGAAGGGCCUUGGAUUCCUGGAAAAGUUGCGGGCUUGUGCUCAUAUGGGUCCUGUAUGAGCUAAAAAAUCUCCGGGUUUUGAGUCCUAGGCUAAGUGAGGCUGUAGCAUACUAUCUGUAUCAGCUUAUCGUUCUGUCGUUCCUGGAUGGACCCAUUCCAUUUCCCUUU